AUCAAUCCCUUUUUGUCUUUUAAUUGUCUGGGAGAGCAGCAGUUUUGCUGGAGGGAAUCUAAUCUUACACAGUGGUGUUUUGCUUUCACAGCUCGACUGUUUAAUUUUCCUUCUCAUUCUUUCUUGUUUUCCUUUUCAUUUCUUUUCUAUUCUUUAUUUUCUUUGGUUCUUUUACUAACAGACUCAUUUCAAUGCUCUCUAGAAACUGAUGCUUUUCUGAAGGAAAUCCCUCACUUGUUGCAACAAAUAUAUAGCCUUUCUGGAAUCUUUGCCUUUUUUUUAUUUUUUCCCCGUGUUAUUCAGCACACUUGUUUUUCUCUCUUUUUUCUGAUUAUAUUUUUUUCUCUUUUCGUAUUCAAUAAACAAAUUUCUGAUCUCAAUUCAUCGCAUUUGUAUUUCUACUUUUUUAAUAGCAAGACCUUUCUUUCUUUGAUAUAAUGAUACUAGCAAAAGAAGUAGCUUUUUUUAACUAUAUUAAACCAUUUUGUAUCAAAUUAUCAAAUUUACUUCUACAACCUUCAAUUAAUUUCAAUAAAAACUCAAUCCAAAUAACAAAUUCGCUAAACGAACUAAAUUCUGCUUUAAAUGAUUCAAUUGACAAGUUUGAUUUAAUCGAGUUUAAUCAGAAUUUUCUCUUUUUUAAAAAUGAUAAAAUCCCAGAGUAUAUCUUUCUACCAAUCAAUUUUUUAUUGAAUUUUGCCACUAAUAAUGAUAAUGAUAAUAAUAAUAAUGGUAACAAGGAUAAGAAUAAGAUUAACUUGUUAAGUAUCCAAAUCGAAUUGAUUUUAAAAAUAUUGGACUUCUUAUUCAUUUAUACAAAUUGGAAUAUUUAUAUUCCUCCAUCUCAGAAUAAUAACAAUAGCAACCAUGAUAAUGAUAACGAUAAUGAUUCGUCUAAAAGAGCAGAUUUUUUCCCUCUUUUAUUAUAUUUAACCUUUGAUUUAAAUAAUCAAAGUCAUUCAAAUAAUCAUAAUGAUGAUAAUAUCAAUCUAAUUGAGUUAGAAAAAUCCUAUGAUACAAAAUUAGCUGGCUUGAAAACAAUUCAAUCAUACUUGAUUACGAUCGAUAACUACGAUACACUAAUUCUUUCUCAAUCUCAACUUAAUCCUGAUCUUAAUGAUAGUAACAAUUCGUCCUCUCUGUUAUUCAUUUCAUCUCAGAAAAAUCUCAUCUUAUCAUCAAAUUUAAUAUCCCAUUUACUAUCCAUAAUUCAGUUCUCAACUUCAAAUAUUCAAAUCCAACUAGCCUCAAUUCACCUCUUAGAUUUCCUAUUUCAAAGCACCUUUCACAAAAAUCCAAACCACUUAUUCAAAAUUUUGCCCGGUACCAUUUCCAUCUUUAACAAAAUCUUAUCUAAAAACCAAAUUCUAAAUAACUCAAAUCGAACUAUUAAGAAAUUCAAUUCAACUGUUUUAAUACAAAUUUUAAAUAUUUUUUCUACUCUAUUAACAAUAGUAAUUAAUGAUAAUGAUUUAAAUCAUAUCUUAUUAUCAAUUGAAAAUGAUGCUAACACCAAUAAUCAACAUAAUCAAGAGAGCCAAUCAAAUGAAACAAAUAAAAUGAAGGAAACAAAGGAAACGAAUCAGAUAAAUGAAAUAAACAAAUCUUGGCUACUUUACACUUCAAAACAAAUUAAAAUCGUCUUUUUAAACAUCUCAAAUUCAAAUUUACUUAAAAAUAACUCAAAAUUAUUGCUCAAGAAGGCCCUUCUAUCUCUUUACGACAAUGUUAUUAAAAACUCUGUAUUAUCUCUAAUUGACUCAAUUCCAAUUAUAAUAAUCUCCAUUUCUUAUCUUUGUGAUAUUAAUACCAUUAAUAAUGAAAACGUUAUAAUCGAUAAUCAAUUAAUUUCAAAGGGUCUUGAAUUACUAUCAUUUAUUUACAAUAACAACAACCCAAGAGUUUCAAACUUAAUAACUGACUCUCUAUCAAAUUCAAUUGAUAAUUUGUCCAAUUUUCUACACAAAUCUGAUCAGGAUAUUUUAUCCUCUUAUUUAAAUUCAACUCUGUUUUUAAUUGAUAUAUUUAAUAAAAAUCAAAUAAAAAAAAAGAAUAAUCAAUUACAGAAUCUUUUGAAAAAUUCGAUAAUAACAAUCAAAGAAGAAUUAUCAAGCUCCAUUAUUAAUCAGAAAAUACUGAUCAACCAAAAAAAUUCAACUUCAAAAUUAAAAUUAUUGUCUUCCUCAACUUCUUUCAACUCAUUAUCUUAUAGCUCAAGCUUAUCGCUAAUAUCAAAAUAUACUCCUAAUUUGGUCCAAGACGAAUUUUCAAACUUAACUCUAUCUAAAAAGGAAUCAUUAUAUUUAGACAAACUACAAAAUUUGCACAAUGAAAUUGAAAAUUUGUUUUUUUUUAUAUUUAAUAAGAAAACAGAAACCUCUUUAUCAAAUUUAUUAGUUAAUAUAGGCAAAAAUGAAAACUCUUUAUCAAUAAUAGAAAAUUUAUUAAUAAACUCCGGUAUUUCCAUUUUAGACAAAUCGUUAACAAUAUAUUUAGCGAGUAAAAUUUUAACUGGCUACAAUCAAUUUUUAAAUAAAACCGGUAAUCAAGAUAUUCAAAAUUAUGAUAAUGAUAAUGAUAUAGAUCAAUAUUUAAAUUUUGAAGAAGCUUCUGAUUAUUCUUCAAUUGAAAAUGUUGAAUCAAAUAGACAGGAACUAGUUUCAUUUACUUUAAAUAUUUUAGAAGUCACAAAGGAAAUAUUUGAAGAAACCUCAACAAUAGCUCCCGAUUUUUUGUUAGAAAUCAUACAUUCGAUUUCAUUAAAUUCAAUUGGAACAUGUUGCGAAAUCUUAGGCGAGUCUUUUAAAUUCGAAUUAAGUGAUUAUUUAUAUCCCAUAAUUGAUGGAUUAGCUUCAAACUCAGAAACUAUUAGAAAUAUUGCUCAACAAAAUUGUUUAUUGAUAUCCAAGAUUUGUUAUGAUUAUUCAGUUCAUAAUUUAAUCUUUGAGAAUUGCGAUUACUUAUUGGAUUCAGUCAGUAUAAGGUUGACUUCUUCAACCAUUACACCAAGAACUGCAACAGUAUUAAUGGUUUUGGUAAAAAUUAGUGGGUCUGAAAUUCUACCUUACUUGGACGAUAUUUUAAAUUCCAUGUUUGUUUUAUUGGAUAUGUAUCAUGGAUAUGCAGUUUUAUGCCAGGGAUUUUUUGCUGUAUUUGAUGUUAUUUUAGAUGCAAUCAAUGAAAAAUAUUUAAAAAAUUAUGAUUUUUAUGGAUAUUUUGAAAACUUAGAUAAAGACUUAAAAAAAAUUCAAGAUCCUUGGGGAAUGAAAAGCAUCAGUGAUUUAGUGUCAUUUGUAAGUUUUGGAAAGAAUGAUAUGAGCGUAGAAAAACAGUAUGGGGAUUUAAAAGACGAUGGUGAUGAUGAAAAUGAUACUGAUAGUGAUGAUGAGAGUGUGGAUGAGAGUGUCGAUGGGAGCAUGGGUGAAGAAGAUGAUCAAAAGAAUAUUGAAAGGAAAUGGGAAUCAUCGACUCCAAAAAGUUUGUAUUUAUUAGUUUCGCAAAUAUGCUCUUAUUGUAUCAGAUUAUACCAACAUCCAUCAAUUAAUUUGAAGAUUUCUAUUUUGAUGAUAUUGAAAAAAGUUAUUCGAAUAUUGUCAACAAAUUUCAAUGAGUUAUUACCAGUAUUAUCAUCACUUUGGCCAUUUGUUUCCUCAUCAUGCAUUCAAAACAGCGAUUUAAGAAUGAAAUUAAAUGGGCUCAUUUUAUUUCAAGAAAUGAUUAAAUACAGUGGAUCAUUUUUGUCAAAACAAUAUCUGGAAUUCUGGGAGUCUAUUAAAAAAUCAUUAUACGCAAACGAUGGAAAUCUCAAUAUCAAUUAUAAAAAUAAAAACAAAAAUAAAACCCAAAUGAUAAACAAACAAGUUUUAAUAAUACCAGGAAUAAGCUUAAAAUGUCAAGAGAUUCUUGUUGAAGUAUUGGUAAGUGGAAUUAGAGGUUUUGGAAAUUUAAUUGAGUCUGAAAAAUUACAAGAGAUUAUUGAAUAUUGCUGCCAUUUCAUUAAAAAUGAAAAUGAAGAAUAUGAUGCCAAAUUUGGAAAUUUUUCGGAUCUUGCUUGGUAUAAUCUCAACAAGAAAACUUUAAAUGAAAACAAACAGGACUUCUUUGAAUCAGAUUUGAAAUUAAAGUUGAGAAGCAAAAUUUAUAGUUAUUAGUUAAGCUGAAUCAGUUAUACAAAAAACCCUAUUGACUAGUCUUUUGGAUUUAUUAAAUGAAUAUAAUCAAAAAAAAAAAAUCAAAAGCAGCCUAGUUAUUCUACAGUUAUAGUUAAAUUAAAUUUAUAAAUCAAUUCAGAAUAAUAUAAAUCAACC